AUGGGUCAAAGUGUGAGUAGGGAUGAUUUCAUUUGGACUUUGACUGAACAACCGCAUAUGUCAAGACGUGAAGCGAUUGUGAAAAAAUAUCCAGAGGUCAAAAAAUUGUUUGGUGUUGAUGAAUCGUUGAAAUAUGUGGUGGCUGGUAUGGUUGCUGUGCAGGUUUUUAUGUGCUGGCUCUUGCAAGGUUAGAAUUUGGGGAGGGGGCUAAGGUUCUAGAAUCUAAAAAAAAUCUGAAACUUUAUUUUUUAAAAAAUUAGGCCCAGGAAAAUUCGGAAGUUUUGGUACAAACAUUUUUUUUCACAAAAUCAAUCUGAUAAUAUUCCUGAAAUUCAAAAAUAAAUUUUGAAACGUAAAUUUUCCUGAGAAAAUUUUGAAAGAUAAAGCUUCUUGAAAUUCACAAUCAAAAGCUACAGUAACUCUAGAUUUCAAAUUUUGUUUGAGUUUUUUCUGGUUGCUACAGAAAUAUAUCCAAAAUUGAAUGAUUUACAUAUCAGUGUGAUAAUUUUGCCUAGUUUUUAAUCUAAAUUUUAAACGUAUUUUUUCCGGUUGAAUAAAAAAAUUUCAAAAGAUCUGAAACAAUUUUUUGGGAUUCACGGGUUACAGUAACUCUAGGUUUAAAUUUCUCCAAUUUUAUUCUGGCUUCAGAUUCUAUUCAAAAAUUAGAGCUUUAGAUUUUUUUUCAAAGCAUCAGAUACCUGUAUCAAUCUGAUGAUUAACCCGAAAUAUUCAAAUCUAAAUUUUGAAACGUAUAUUUUCCGGGAUUUUUUUAAUAUAAAAAAUAUCAAUAACCUCAAUAAAUAAAUGUUUGCAGACGCAAGUUGGCUGCUAAUAUUCCUCGAAUCCUAUUUCUGCGGCGGAAUAAUCAAUCACGCUCUAACUCUAGCAAUCCACGACAUCUCACACAACACAGCAUUCGGCAAUGAACAUCCCCUAAAAAAUCGAUUUUUCGGAAUCUUCGCCAAUCUUCCCCUAUCAGUUCCCGUCUCAGUUUCCUUCAAAAAAUAUCACGUGGAACAUCAUCGAUAUUUAGGAGAAGAUGGGUUGGAUACAGAUGUUCCAACACAAUUUGAAGCACAGUUUUUCACAACAACUCCUCGCAAGUUUCUUUGGCUGGCUUUGCAACCACUUUUUUAUGGCUUUCGGCCUCUAAUUAUUUAUAAAAAAGCACCAACUGAUAUGGAAAUAUUAAACGCGGUUAUUCAAUUUGGCUUCGAUUUUGUGAUUUUAUAUUUCUUCGGUUGGAAAUCAUUAAUAUAUCUAUUAAUGUGUACACUUAUUAGUAUGGGAUUACAUCCAAGUGCAGGACAUUUCAUAUCCGAACAUUAUGCAUUCAAAGAAGAUCAGGAGACAUUUAGCUAUUAUGGAAUUUGGAAUUUGUGCACUUUUAAUGUCGGAUAUCACGUUGAACAUCAUGAUUUCCCUUAUAUUCCUGGCAGAGAUUUACCGAAACUCCGCGCGUUGGCACCCGAAUUUUAUGAGAAUUUAUAUAAACACGAUUCGAUGUUGAGGAUAUUGAGGGAUUUCGUUUUUGAACCAUCGAUGGGACCGUAUGCGAGAUUGAAAAGGAAGGCGAGAGUCGAACAGGAGUUUUAUGGGAAUUAUCAGCUGAUGGAAUACUUUGAUGCUGUAAGUUUCAGAAAUUUUCAAUUUUGUAGAGAACAAAUUUGAAAAUACAAAAGUUUCGAUCCAGAUCUUGAAUCUGGACUACAGUAACCUUCCUAGUUUCUGAUACAAAUUUUCUUUCUUGAUCCAAAUUUUCAGAAAAAAAAACAGAAUGAUUUCUGAACCACAAAAUCCUCAUGACUUAAUUAUUUUCUGGGUAGAUCAAAAAUAUGUGUUUCUCUAAAUCUCUCAGUUUUGACACUCUCACCGCAUUUUACAAUGUGAAUCGAGAGAGACGCAAAGAAAACGAGAAGAAUUCUUCAAAAAUUCAGAAAAAUUUGAACUAUCGUUUCAAAACCAAACGCGGGAAAAGUUUUUGAAUUCGAAAAAAUUUGAAAAACAAAAAUUUGAAAAACAUUUUUCAAUUUUCCCUAUUUUUGAAAGACCGUGCACCUUCCCAAUAUAUAUUUUUUUGUCUACAGUUCCUCCAUCACAUCGGCAUUCAUCGUCUUCGAAACUAUGCGGGCACCUAUUUCGAUCUCAACAACAACAAAAAACUCGAAUAA